GUUCAUUACAUGAUAUAUGAGUAACUAUUACUAUUGUUUCCCAGAAAUCUUGGGAAAAGUUCUUAACACCAAUUCAUCUUUGAACAUAAGCCCAGAAAAACUGGAGACUCAGCAGCUGUGGCACUCUUUAACUGAAGGCAGUGAAACCACUAGUGUCCCUGUAGUCACCAUAGAGCCUGCCGUCUUUAACCCGCCUCCCCCUGCCCUGUCUACACCACUGACACAAGUGUCAAUAGAGAAGAUUGUGGAGGGCAUUUUAGAAAGGCAACAGCAGCAGCCACAGCAGCAGCAGCCUGAGGGGAAAAAAAGGCAGACAAAGACUUGUCUUGCCUGUGGACAGCCCAAGUCUCAACAUGAGACAGAUGGAUCCACCGUCCAUUAUUUUUACCAGAGAGGGCCUGUGCGCUAUUUCUAUUGUUCCAACAAGGUGCAUCAAACUUAUGCUGCUGAGGGAAUCACUGACCCUAAAAUGCCCUUUGAGGAUUUUGCCCAGACAGACUUUUUCCAAAGGGAACUGGAUGCUACCAGGAAGAAGUCAGAGGAAAGGAUGGAGAAAAAGAGGAAAAGGCCAGAAACGCAACAAACAGGCCGCCUCUGCAGGUUCUGCCACAUGGACCUGAAACAGGGACCAAAUAGCCCACAUGUUCACACAGGCUUCCCUGGAGUGGCAGGGAAAUAUAUCUACUGCCCUUCAAAAGUGCAUUCUCUGUACAGGGACAAGGGCAUGGCCAAGGAGAUGACCUGGAAGGAGUUUCAGGAGUCUCCUUUCUACGAGGCAGAGAGACAAAGAUGGGUGGAAGAAAAAAGGAAAUAGGGGAGAAACUGUUGAUAUUGUACAUAAUAUAGUUUAGUUCUAGUUUUGUAAUGUUUAUUUUGUUUAUAUAAAUAAAAACUGAUUGUAAAUAUAAAAAUGUAAAUAAAUUGUGUUCUGCCUACAUAUUAUUUCUAAAUCACUUCAUGUAAUGAUAACAAGCCAUCCGUUCUCUAGUGGGGUCUCACAGCUUUUAUCUUUAUAAUCUUUCUGGUUGAUUUGUAAUAUUAGAAACAUGACUGCUGUCUUUUAUCUGUGUGACUGUACAGCCUGUUUCAGACAUGACAACCAGACAGUGUCUGAAGUUAUC